UCUGAGGCGGCGAGCGGACGCCGCUGUGACGGGCGAGGACAGUCGGGGGCGGGGCGGCGCGGAGGGGCGGGGCGUGCGGAGGCCGGGACGGCGCGCCGGGAGGCAGAGACUUGCCCAGCGCGGUGCUGCAGAGGCGCCCCUCUCACAGCUCCCGCAGCUCCGGCGCCCUCGCCCCGCGCCCGCCAUGCCCGAGCAGCUCAGCGUCGCCGAGUUCCUGGCCGUCACCGCCGAGGACCUCAGCUCCCCGGCCGGGGCCACCGCCUUCGCCGCCAAGAUGUCCCGAUGUCGGGGGGCGGCGCUGGCGCGGGAGGAGAUCCUGGAAGGAGACCAGGCUAUCCUGCAGAGAAUAAAGAAGGCUGUGCGGGCCAUCCACAGCUCUGGCCUUGGCCACGUGGAAAAUGAGGAGCAAUACAGAGAGGCCGUGGAGUCCUUAGGCAACAGCCACUCAUCCCAGAACAGCCACGAGCUGUCCACGGGCUUCCUGAACUUGGCUGUGUUCACCCGUGAAGUCGCUGCACUCUUCAAAAAUCUGGUUCAGAACCUGAACAACAUUGUCUCCUUCCCCCUGGACAGUAUGUUGAAGGGGCAGCUGAGGGACGGGCGGCAGGAUUCCAAAAAGCAGUUGGAGAAGGCGUGGAAGGACUACGAAACCAAAAUGGCCAGGCUGGAGAAGGAAAGGGAGCGUGCCAAGGUGACAGGAGGGAGCCCCAGCGAGGUAGCCCAGGACACUCAGAGAGAGCGGCAUGUCUUCCAGCUGCACAUGUGCGAGUAUCUGCUCAAAGCUGGGGAGAGCCAGGUGAAGCAAGGGCCUGAUUUCCUGCAGAGCCUCAUCAAAUUCUUCCAUGCUCAGCACAACUUUUUCCAAGAUGGCUGGAAGGCUGCUCAGAGCCUGUCCCCCUUCAUCGAGAAGCUGGCAGCCACGGUCCACACACUGCGACAGGCCCAGGAAGAGGAGCUGCAGAAACUGACCCAGCUCCGGGACUCCCUUCGAGGGACACUGCAGCUCGAGAACAGAGAAGAGAAUCUGAGCAGAAAGAACUCGGGAGGUGGCUACAGCAUCCACCAACACCAGGGCAACAAGCAGUUUGGCACGGAGAAGGUGGGCUUUCUGUACAAGAAAAGUGACGGAAUCCGAAGAGUCUGGCAGAAAAGGAAGUGUGGCGUCAAGUAUGGCUGCCUGACUAUCUCCCACAGCACGAUCAACCGGCCCCCGGUGAAGCUGACCCUGCUGACCUGCCAAGUGAGGCCCAACCCUGAGGAGAAGAAAUGCUUUGAUCUGGUUACACACAACAGGACAUACCACUUCCAGGUGGAAGAUGAACAUGAGUGUGAGGCGUGGGUGUCGGUGCUGCAGAACAGCAAGGAUGAAGCCUUGAGCAGUGCCUUCCUGGGGGAGCCCAGCUCCUGCCCGGCGCCCUGGGGAGGCGCCACUGGGCUGGACGGGGAGCCCCAAGAUCUUACGAAGUUGCUCAUCGCCGAGGUCAAGAGCAGGCCCGGGAAUGGCCAGUGCUGCGACUGCGGGGCCACAGACCCCACGUGGCUCAGCACCAACCUGGGCGUGCUCACCUGCAUCCAGUGCUCAGGCGUCCACCGGGAGCUGGGCGUGCGCUUCUCACGCAUUCAGUCCCUCACCUUGGACCUGCUGGGUCCCUCCGAGUUGCUGCUUGCCUUGAACAUUGGGAACACGCGCUUCAAUGAGGUCAUGGAAGCCCAGCUGCCCUCAAACGGUGGAGCUAAACCCUCAGCUGAGAGUGACAUGAGCACUCGCAGAGACUUUAUUGUGGCCAAGUAUGUGGAACACAGGUUUGCCCGGCGAGCUCCGCAAGACCCCCAGAGAGUCCGGACAGCCAUUUGCAGCCAGGAUCUUCUGUCAGUGCUGGAGGCCUUUGCUAAUGGGCAGGACUUUGGACAACCUCUGCCUGGGCCAGAUGGGCAGGCACCUGGAGAGCUUGCCCUGCACUUGGCCAUCAGGGUCGCUGACCAGACCUCUCUGCCCCUGGUGGAUUUCAUCAUCCAGAAUGGUGGUCACCCAGAUGCCAAGGCUGCCGAUGGGAACAGUGCCCUGCACUGUGCUGCUCUCUACAACCAACUCGACUGCCUCAAGCUGCUGCUGAAAGGGAGAGCCUCGGCUGGCACAGUGAACGAGGCAGGAGAGACAGCUCUGGACAUUGCCAGGAAGAAGCAACACAAGGAGUGCGAGUUGCUGCUGGAGCAGGCCCAGGCUGGAACCCUGGCCUUCCCUCUGCACCUGGACUACUCCUGGGGGGUGUCUCCAGAGGCUGGCUCUGACAGUGAGGAGGAGGAGGAAGAGAAGCAGCGCUGCCCUCUGAAACCCCCAACCCAGACCCGCUGGGCCAGUGGGAGACUGGAUAUCAGCAACAAGACCUAUGAGACCAUCGCCAGCGUGGGACCAGUCACCCCUCAGAGCCAGAAUGAGAAUUGCCCCCCACCCUUGCCAGUCAAGAACCCUUCCCGGACUGUGAUCCCAGCACGUGCAGGAUAUGGCAGCGGAGAUCGAUCAGAAGCUCCCACCCUGAGCUCAGAGCCCCACGGACCCCCUGAGAGCCUUGCAAGUUCAGCUUCCUCCUCCUCCAGCCUCACCAGCCCUCUGGAACAUGGAGGACCCAGUCAAACGCUUCCGGGGUCUGAAGAGGGUCUCUGGGAGUCCCCGGGCCUCUCCCGGCCUGGCCUGAUGUCUGGAACCGCCCCUGUGGAGACGUACCCCCCUGUCAGAUUCAGCUCCGAGAGCACUCGCUCCUAUCGGCGUGGGGCCCGGAACCUGGAGGACAGUCCCUCAGCCAGGCAACCUCUCCUAAGAAGGAACACACCGGCUGGCUUCACCGAUGGAGACGGCUCAAGGACUGGGGUUCUUCCAGCAAGUUCUGUGCAGCUUUUGCAAGACUAGCUCCUUGCUGGCCCUCAUGUGUCUGAACCACCCCAUGCUGGACCCCAAUAUUCAGAGCUAGGACUUGAACCCAUGAGACUGGGGAGUUGUGUUCAUUCCCCUCCAUCUUGACUUUGUCUGUCCCUUGUGCCUCUGUAGCUGCCCUUCCCUCUUGCUGUGGAGCCAGGACACCGACCCUUCCCAGCCUGAGCUGACAACCCAGUGUCUCCCCCAUCUCAUUGCCUCCAGACACCAGGGAGCCCUGUGGAUGGAUCUAAGUGCUGCUGAGCUAGCUUCAGCUACAGAACCUCAAUCCUCAUCAGACCAGGCCUCAUCUUCCAUCACUCAGGGGUGUUCACAAGAGUCGGACCAGCCGCUCCAUCAUUCUCCAGACCAGGAAUUCUGCCAGACUAGUUUCUUUUCUGCCAUUCUUAGCUUGUCUGCUGUUCCUACGUCCCAGCUCUAUGUCUAUAACUGUGCGGGGCAUCGCAGAUAGUGGAUGAGGAAGACAGGGUCCUGCAGGUGUGGUCUCUUGCUGGGAAAACUGAUCUCAAGGGGAGAUGGGUUUGGGGAUGCGUAGGACUAGAUUUCUGGAUAUGGUUCUGGACUCAAAGGCAGACUGGUUUGUAUCUGUGUGACAUUGCCAUUAUCUAUAGCCUUUGUCCACCUGUCAGAGUCCAUACUGUGCUGGUUCAUAAAUAAGUAUCCUGAGUAUCGCUCCAUUUAAGGAACAGCACAGCCUUCCUGGGAACCUCACCAGGCAUUCAUUCCCCAGCUAAGAAGUAGAGCAAUAAUUACUCCUGUUAGCCUGUUCCCCUAACAUAGCAGGAAAGAAAGGAAUGGUUUGAAACUGGGGUGAUAUUAUAGCAGGAUGGAUACUUAUCUUGCACAUGGCAGCCCCAGGUUUGAUCCCCAGCACCCUGAUGGUCCCCAAGUCCUCCAGGAGCAGUCACUGAGUGAAGAGCCAGGAGUAAGCCCUGAGCACUUCCAGAUGUGCCCCAACAUCCUUCCAAAAGGAAUGGUCUGGGGGGCUGGAGCAAUAGCACAGCGGGUAGGGCGUUUGCUUUGCACGCGGCCGACCCAGGUUCGAAUCCCAGCAUCCCAUAUGGUCCCCCGAGCACAGCCAGGAGUAAUUUCUGAGUGCAUGAGCCAGGAGUAACCCCUGUGCAUCCCCGGGUGUGACCCAAAAAAAAAAAAAAAAGGAAUGGUCUGGAAGUUCAGAUUUCUCUCUCCUUUUUCCCUCAGUCACUGCAAGAGCAGUGUUAGGAAAGGACUUUCCUUUUAGUCUUAGGAAAGGCGAAGGACAAACAAGGAGCAAGGAGAGUGGUAGAUGUAGGAGGGCAGAGACUCAAAGGUUCUGCCUCCAGUGCAGGAGGCCCAGGAGGGUCCCACAUCUAAAAGCAUCACUAAUCAUUGAUGCCAGCUGUACUGUCACUGGGCUCAGGGCCCUGGGAGGGAUGUGCCAGGCCAAGCAGGGAAAGCCAUGAGUGACCAACACAGUCUGGCCUGGGAGACUAGCUCUUUUCUCUGGCGUGCUAAAUGGUCUGCAAUGCCCCCAGGCCAGGGCGGACUUUUGAGGCCCCCUCACUCCCCAUCUGCUGGUUUUAUUCAUCUCAGACUUGUUAUUUUGCUCAUCUCUAAUAAACUAUUUUUUUAAAUAAUUCCAUUGGUUUCAUUUCUGUGAUCUGAAGAGCAGUAGGGAAGGGAAUGUUAGGACUUGGCACCAUUUCUCCAGACCUGGGAUGGGAGAAGCUGAGGGUAGCAGCAGUUGGCAACAUUUGGCGAUGCAGAGACCUUUGCUUGUUUCUUUUUGGGGGCACACCCAGAAGUGGUCAGGAGCUAUUCCCAUCUUGGUGCCUGGGAUAUUGUUUCAGUGCUGGGGACCAAACCCAGGCUCCCCAUAUGUAAGGUAUGUACUCCAGCCCAUUGUACUCUCUCCCCCAUCCUACUGCAGUUUCAAUUGUCGCCAGCUGGAAUGUGCUACUGGCAUCUAGUGGCUUAAGUCCAUGGAUGCUGCUAAAGCAAUACACAUCUUAGCCCUCCUCAGAUGUGACUUAUCCAAUA